AUGCCACGCACAAAACGGCCUGUUCGAAAACAAGAGAAAAUUGGUGAAGACGAUGAUACUUUGAAAAAACUAAACAAACUUGUGACUGACCUAAAGAACAAAAUCGACUCACGCACUCACAUGCAAUUGAGAAAUGUGGAACUUGCCUUCAAGAUAAUUUUGGGUUCUAUCAGUAGCACACAUUUGCAGAAAACUGUUGGACAGUUGAAAACAGAGCUUCAUCUCAAAGAAGUUCCAACAAUUACAAGAACAACAGCCAGGAAUUCUGCUCGUUCAGCUUCACAUGAUGAUGCGCCCCCGUCGGCGUCGCGCCGCUCGCGGUCGGCGGACGCGGCGGCGCGCGCCUCGCGGGCGCCGCGCACGCAGCAGCGGCGCCGCUCGCGCUCCGUGUACAAGACGCCCGCCUACAGCAAGAACGCGCCCUCCAACUAUCCCGUCAUCACGCCCAAGGUGGCGCCGCACACGCCGCUGACGGUGCUGCGGCAGCCGCGCGCCGGCGAGAUGGUGCUGUCCAUGUCGGGCUCGCCCGUCAUGGUGCCCUCAGUCUGCACGAUGAAUUCAGAUGACAAAGCAAAUUGCAACAUCCUUCUUCAGGAUGGUACGAUGCUGUCUCUACAGCCUAAACAUCUCCGGCAGUCCCAAGCUUACAUCCCAUUCUCACUCAUGGACUCGAAUGUGUUACUUCAGCUCAAAACCCUCAAAAACAACUUGGAUACGGUGGUCAAACUUGGUGAGAAAGCUAUGAAG